GCCAGCACAGCACCCAUCUCUCCUACUCGGAGCCCAGGGCAAACCCGGCAGCACCCACGUAGAUGAAAGCAAAGACGAGCUCCAGCACUGCAGCCAUGUCCACGUCCCUGCGAGUGAGCCCCUCCGUGCACGGCUACCGCUUCGACACCGCCCUGCGCAAGAAAGCCGCGGCCAACAUCUUCGAGAGCAUCACCCAGGAGUCCCUGCAGAAGCUCUUCAGAAACUCCGGGGACAAGAAGGCAGAGGAAAGAGCCAAGAUAAUCCUCGCCACCGACCAGGACGUGGAGGAGAAAACGAGAGCGCUAAUGGCACUAAAGCAGAGGAGGAAAGACAAACUGCUCCAGUUCCUGACGCUUCGGAAAUUCUUCAUUAAAGUUCACUGAGCUGGCGAAGGGAGCAGAAAUGGAGGAGAACAUUUGGGGACGGGACUGUUUGUGACCUCCAGCCCCACUCAGCAUGCUCCACUGCCCCAUGGAACUGGGGACCUGACUGACUGCCCGCAGGGCUUCAGCCCCAACAGCAAACUGUGCACUGAGGGCGGCGUCGGUGCCC